GCGAGGUGGAGAGAGAGAGAGUACCAAAUUUAAUGAAAACCAUCUUGGCCAUCGAUUUUAAGAAUCUAAGUUAUAAGUAGAAAAGCCAAUCUGUUUUUUCAAAAGUCUAGGACACAUUUAUAAGAGAAAAAACAGAGAAAAGAAGGGGAUAUAAAUGAGUUUCCUUAAACUAAAACCCUAAGAUACCGUUUAUAAGACAAAAAAGGAAAAUAAAUGAGUUUUCUCAAAUGAAAACCCUCGUCCCGUUUGAGGGGUAUAUCAGGUUCUUUAAAAAAUAGUUUGAUUUCUAUUACAACUUAUCUCAUCUACCUCAUAUUCGAUUAUGAAAUGAUAAAAUAUUUAUAAACCCUGGCAAAAAAUAUCACAUAACCACAGUAUUAGCAAUCAUUUACUAUAUAGUGAUGGUUUAUGAUGUUUUAAACAACAUUGUGACUCUUUGCUCUGCCCCUUCGGACUGCCCGUCUGCCUCCCCUCUUAAUUUCUCUCCGCCUUAGCUAGGUUAAUUUACUUAUGGUUCGAGAUCCCUUUUCUUCCAGAUCCUUAACUCAUAUAUUAAAUGCUCAAGUACAAGCAAUAUCAACCACGCAGGCGGUAUAGAGAGAGUUAGAGAAGGGGAGACUGAUUGUACACAUAUAAUUCGUUACUGUUCUUUAUGAAAUUAAUUAAUGUGGUCUUUUUGUUUUUUUAACAAAGAAAUUGAUUAGUGAAUUCCAUGUUUGCAUAAGCAUAAGCACCAUGUCUCAACCAGUUCAGAGACGUUCGGGGAACUAUCCUCCAAGCCGGUGGACAGAUGAUCUCAUCCAGUCAUUGAAAAGCACACACGAGGAUGACCAUGGCAGCGAGAACAUUGAGGAGAUUAAACAAAAUGUGAGGCAAGUGCUGGAAGGUCGCGACGAGCCAGUGGCUCAGAUGGAGCUCGUGGAUGAUCUCCAAAGGUUAGGAGUUUCAUACCACUUUGAGAAGGAGAUCAAACUUGUAAUGGACUGCAUUUUCGAAGACAGAAAGGAAUGUGAAGACCUAUACUUUGUAGCUCUUAGAUUCCGAUUGCUGCGGCAACAUGGCUAUCAUGCUUCUCCGGAUGUUUUUCAAGUAUUUGUGGAUGAAAGAGGCAGAUUUAGAAAUGUCCUUGCAGAAGAUUUAAAGGCGUUGCUGAACUUGUAUGAAGCUUCACAUCUUAGAUUUGAAGGGGAGCACAUAUUGAAAGAGGCCAUGGACUUCACAACUCAUCAUCUCCGAGAAAGUACGACCAAGUCGAAUAAUUCAGACUGCACCCUCGCGAUACAGAUUGCUCAUGCCUUGGAGAUCCCUCUUUCGAGAAGGAUGCUAAGAUCAGAAGCGAGGAAUUACAUAGAUUUAUAUGAAAGGAUGCCUGGGCACCACUCUUGUUUACUCAAACUAGCAAAGCUUGAUUUCAAUAAUGUGCAGUCUUUGUACCAAGCAGAAGUGAAGGAGAUGUCGAGGUGGUGGAGGGAACUUCAAUUGGCAACGAACCUGAAAUUUGCUAGGGACAGGUUGAUGGACAAUUAUUUAUGGGCUGUAGGAGUCAUUUUCAAUCCUCCUUUCUCUGUCUGUAGGAAAGGACUUACAAAAGUCGCUUGCCUUAUCACCGCCAUUGAUGAUGUUUAUGACGUGUAUGGCACACUUGAUGAGUUAGAACUGUUCAGUGAGGUUGUGGAAAAAUGGGAAAUUGGAUAUAUUGAUAAACUUCCUCAAUACAUGCGAUUGUGUUUCCUAGCUCUCUAUAACACAACCAAUCAAUUUGCCUAUGACUUCAUGCGGGACAAAGGCCGCAACAUCUUAGGCUACUUGACAAGAGCGUGGGCUGAACUGUGCAAGGCAUAUUUAGUGGAAGCAAAGUGGUUCUAUAAUGGAUAUACACCCACCGUAGAAGAAUACUUGGAUAAUGCAUGGGUUUCCAUGUCAGGACCUGUGUUUCUUAUCCAUGCUUAUUUCUUCAUGCAACAUGCCAUAAAAGAAGACGCUACCAUGGACAUAGACCAUUACAUCAACCUGAUAAAGAAGUCUUCCAUCACCGUGCGGCUUCAAAAUGACCUUGGCACUUCUAAGGACGAGAUUGAGAGAGGAGACGUGCCCAAAUGCAUACAGUGUUACAUGAAGGAGAAGAGUGUGUCAGAAGAAGCUGCUCGUCAAUAUGUUGAUGGUCUUCUAGGAAAUGCUUGGAAAGAACUCCAUAAAGAAUGCACCGAAGCUACUUCUAAUGGCACUAGUCACCCUCUUGUACAUUGUGCCCUGAAUCUCGCAAGAAUGGCACAGUUCAUGUAUCAACAUGGGGAUGCUUAUGGUUUCGCGGAAAGAGAUUAUCCUGUGGAGCCCAUACUGAAGCUAAUGGUGGAAAGUGUUUGAUACGAGAUGGAUGAUCAUCUUCCCCUGGGUCAUCCUCAUGAUGAUGGUCAUCUUCUAUUAUAUGGAGAUCAGCGAGGCUGUAGGAACUAGAGAAGGAUGGGGAUGGAUAUAUUCUGUACUGUGUUUUCUUCAGAAUUUUAUCUAUUAUUAUAGCACCUUACAUUUGCUCACUUUUUAAAAAACUUUAUCAAAUGCAAUUAGUAGGUUAAUGGGCAGUAGCUUGCCAACAAAAAAUUA